GCUGGCGCCGAAGCCGUCCCCGGCGGCGCCAUGUUAGGGCUCGCCGCUUUGCCUGCAGCACAUGGCGGGAGAGGGCGGCUCGGCGGCGGCCGCGGAUGCGGCGGCGGGUUUGCUGAAUGGCGGGACCGGCGAAGGGCCGGGCGGGAAGCGGGCCCGGUUGGGGUCGGCUCCCCACUCUCCCCCUGCCGGGAACCGGGUGACAGUGGUGCUGGGGGCGCAGUGGGGCGACGAGGGCAAAGGGAAGGUGGUCGACCUGCUCAGCCUCGACGCCGACCUGGUCUGCAGGUGCCAGGGUGGCAACAAUGCAGGACACACUGUUGUGGUGGACACGGUGGAAUACAAUUUCCACCUAUUGCCCAGCGGAGUUAUAAAUCACAAAGCCACUUCAUUCAUUGGGAACGGGGUUGUAAUCCACCUUCCGGGACUCUUUGAAGAAGCUGAAAAAAACCUAAAAAGAGGAUCAGGAUUGGAAGGCUGGGAAACUCGGACCGUGAUUUCCGAUCGCGCCCACUUGGUGUUUAACUUCCACCAAGCUGUGGACGGAAUCCAGGAGCAGCAGAGGCAGCAGCAAGCGGGGAAAAACCUGGGCACCACCAAGAAGGGCAUCGGUCCUGCCUACGCUUCCAAAGCCUCCCGGACCGGCUUGCGCAUUUGUGACCUGUUGGCGGAUUUUAACGAGUUCUCCAAAAAAUUCAAGGCUUUGGCCCAGCACUACAAAGCCAGCUACCCAACGCUUAAUAUCAACACGGAAGCUGAACUGGAACAGUUAAAGAUCUACGCAGAGAAGAUCCGCCCCCUGGUGAAGGAUGGGGUUUACUUCAUGUACCAAGCUCUGCACGGACCCCCCAAGAAGAUUCUCGUGGAGGGAGCCAACGCAGCCCUCCUGGACAUCGAUUUUGGUACUUACCCCUUCGUGACCUCCUCCAAUUGCACUGUGGGAGGGGUAUGCACUGGCCUUGGCAUUCCCCCCCAUUACAUUGGCAAGGUGUACGGCGUGGUGAAGGCCUACACCACCCGCGUCGGCGUGGGGACCUUCCCAACCGAGCAGAACAAUGAGAUCGGCGAGACGCUCCAAGCACGAGGACGGGAAUUUGGGGUGACCACAGGCCGCAAGCGUCGCUGCGGCUGGCUGGACCUCGUCUUGGUGAAAUACGCUCACAGGAUCAAUGGUUUCAGCGCCCUGGCGGUGACCAAACUGGACAUCCUGGACGAUUUUGAAGAGAUCAAGGUGGGCGUGGAGUACCAUCUGGAUGGGGAGCAGAUUCCGUAUUUCCCAGCCAACCAGGAGCUCCUGAACAAAGUCACGGUGAAGUACAAGGACCUUCCCGGAUGGCGAUGUAGCACCGAGGGAGCGCGCACCUUCGGCGACUUGCCUGCCGAGGCCCAGGCCUACAUCCGCUUUAUUGAGGAGUACCUGGAAUUGCCAGUCAAGUGGAUCGGCGUGGGGAAAUCUCGCAACUCCAUCAUCAAACUCUUCUGAGGUCUCCUGCCCCGGACCAGAGGCUGUUUCUUCUCUCCAUUCCUUGAACGAGCAGCCGAGGACCCCCCGCCCCUCCCGGAAGCCAACUCUGCCUUUGAAUGCGCUCAGGCCAGACCCCUUCCUCGAUUUCCCCUGUGUAAAGUCUCCUCUCUCGGCCCUUUGUUCCGUCCCGCCGCUCUUUGGGAAGAGAAUGAGGACCAGCUGGCUGGCAGCUAAGAUUUGAAAAGAUCUUCCCAGGAACCCUUAAGGACAAACACUCCAUUUUCACACCGCUGAUCCGUUUAUCUCCCUACACAAGCUGCCAUUGGUUCCCCCUCACCCUCAUCUGACCAGCUUUCCUAGUUUACUAUCUCUAUAAUCAGCUAAUCCCUUGGGUUCAUCCUUGCUAAUUCGCCUGACCCCUUCCUGGAGGUGUCCCUCCCCAUUGCCUCCAGAACGGUUCAUGGGAACUGUAGUCCUGUGACGCAAAGCACUUUGUUCCCAACAGUAGCCGGUCCUGCCAAUGUAGGCCGGCAGUGAGGAAUGCUGGGAGUUGUAGUUGAGCAGCAUAUCUACUGUAUAGAUAAGUAGCGUCUCGGGAGAAACGUCCGCUGUAAUUUCAAACCGCCACAAAGGGACCCGUUGUAAGUCGAGGGCUGUCCGUGCCCACUUCCUGCUGCAAAAACUAGCGCACUGUGGUCUCCGAACGGCAGGCAUUUUGUGCUGUUGCAGCAAUUUAUUUUUUUUUUUAGCUUUCUACAUUUAAAAAAAACCAGCACGCUUUCUACGGUUAAACCUCAUUGUGCCGAUUUACACCUCCCUCCUCCAGGGAUCGCUAAGUUGCGGAAGCACUCCCUGUAAAUUGUGUGGUUUUCUUUUCCCCUUGGGAACCUUAAUCAGGACUAGCCUCUUUAAUUGCUGUUCGUUAACGGGAAAGCAGCCAUUUAGCACAGCAGCCGAAGGGACGCUAGAAAGCUUUCUAGAUUUCUAUUUGCACAACCUUAACUCAGUACGUCCAAACACAUGAAACUUUAGCAGUUUAGAAGGACUUCUGUCUUAUUAUUCUCAUGUCGUUUGUUUGUCUUUUUUGGGCUGUUGCCGAAUCUGCCACAAAAAGCAAUAAAGAAUAACGGUUUAUAUAUCGGUUGGAAUAGUGAAAGGAAAAAA